AGGAGCCGGCUGUGGGGCUGGGGCUCUGCCAGACCUGGCCGGGCACAGGCUCCCCUCUGCUGCCGGCUCCUCUGCUGCUGUGGGACUGGGGAUACUGGUGGUGUAAGGAGGGGGAAACCAUCUCCGUGGCAACCUCGAGCCUCCAGGCUCUGCCUCGGAGCUGCUCGCCCGUCCCCAGGACCCCGUGGGGCAGGAUGAAGCUGCUGGGUGCUGUGUUGCUGGCUGCCGGCCUGCUCAGCACUGCUGCCCAGGGGGAGCAGCCCCCCUGGCCGGACGAGCCUUCGCGGACCUGCUUCUUCCAGAUGCUCAGCAGCGUGGACAGCGAGUUCUGCAGAGGGGAUUUAGAAAUUAUCUACCCGGAGCUGGGCGAUGUGGGCUGCACGUACAUCCCCAAGUGCCACCAGUACCGGCAGCGGAUCAGCAGGGAGUGGGGCAGCCCCCGUGUUCGGUACCCCCGGGCUGAGAAGAGCAAGAAGUACGUGCUGGUGCUGGUGGACCCCGAUGCUCCCAGCAGAGCCAACCCCAGGAACCGUUUCUGGAGGCACUGGCUGGGGCCCGACAUCCCGGGGAGUCGUCACCCCCCCCCCCCCCACGGGGUCCUUGGGGUCCCAGCAGCUCGGCGCUUCCCCGAGCACCGGGGCUGGGACGCCGACUCACGGAGGGGCAAAAAUUUUCGGAACCAGCCUAGCUCCAGCUUGAACCCUGUGCUUGCUCCCGCGCUGCCGGAGAUCGCCCAGCAGCCGCCACGGCUCGUCGUGCAGGCUGGUUUUUCUUGGGGUAACUCACACCCCCCGGGUAAAGACCACAUCUUCUUCUCCUCCUUCUGUGAGAUAGCUUGA